ACCGGAGCGAACAGUUGCCACAGUGCCCAGCACGGCGUUAGAUGCAGGAGUUUAGACGAAGCGAUCGACACAACACAUUCCAGCCGGCAGGGCGCAACAUUUGACGACGUCUGCAACGACAAAAACGAUAACAACCACGGAGUGGUUCGAGUUGGUUCCAUCUAGCCGUUUUUUUUUUAUUUCGUUGAGCUGCAGUUCAUCAAUUCGUUGUUUACAUUUCGAACAAGCAAACGCUAGAGUUGAUAAGGAAUCGGGUAGGCAAACGAGGCUAGAUUCGAACAGCGAUCGUCACGGUACCCGGCGUAUGUCCACCGUGCGUACAAACAUCCACAGGACGGUGUGUGUGUGUGCGUACAAGCGACGAGAAAAGACAAAUAUUUGAGUGCUAAAAAGGAACGCGCGACUGAUUGUGGUCUGUGGCUGUGCGUGAACCCGGUCGUCGUCGAUUUGUUAUCGGAGUCCAUUGCUCCGGUUCCUAUCACCUUAUCACAUCAUCCAGUUGUGACAGUGUGUUUUUAAAAGUUGACAAACGUCCAGCCGCUGGGGAGAGCAUCUUUUAGUGGAAAUUUUAGACCAAAAGUUUGUGCCUGGUGCGAUCGGUUUCCGCAAGCCCUGAAGGGAGUGAAACGUGAUAUUAAGGGGUACACCCGUUUUGCUAGCCCUAAACCUAUUCUUUACACGCUUCCGUUAGCGUAUAUCGCCUUGAAUUGAUCGUACAAUGAGUGUCUUCACCUAUCGCCUGCUUGCAUUAACCGUGAUGUACUUUACCUGCCUCAAGGUUGGGCAAAUGCUGUUUCAAACGCUCGCCAGCGGUGACGUUGAAAAUUAAACUAAAAGAAAAAAAAUAUUAUCCCUGAAGGACGAACCGAGCGGAAACACGCACACACACACAUACACAUAUGAGAUUGCAAAAAUACGAGUGAAAAUUGCGCUAUCACAAUCAAAGUAAUGCACGUGAGUGAGUGUGAGCUAUUAUAGGGUGAAGAAGGUUAAAACCCCGUACGCGUUUGUGUCGUAAAGCGCGCUAGAACCUAAACUGCAGCGGCGGUUCCAAACAAAAAGGGGGAAACAAAGUUGGAAGCAAUGAAGUGCUGUGAAAGGUGUACCAAAAGUGCGAUAAAAUUUACGACACGAAAACGACGAAACUGUGCGGUGUAAAAAGUUCCUUCGCGUAAACGAUCAAGAAUCUCAUCAGCGGUAAAGAUUUGUUCCGCUUAAUAUUGUCGGCCGGUUUAGUGUAAAAACCUCAUAACCAACAGCUUCGGCUUAACCACGCUCUUAACCAUUCUCUGGGUGCCAUGGACGAACUUCUCAACGGAACGUUCGAUGAACGAUGGAGCAAUGUUACUUCCGUUUUGCCAACGAUCGGUCCGUUCGCGGAGACGGAGAACGAUAGUAAUGACUUCCCGGACGAAACCAGCAGAUUUUCCCGCCCAUUGCUUACGUUUGCCGCCGUUACCACUAUAACGAUAAUGGUAACAGGAAUUUUGGGCAACCUGCUUACCAUUGUCGCACUGCUCAGAUGUCCCAAGGUGCGUAACGUUGCAGCAGCCUUCAUUAUCAGUCUAUGCAUCGCCGACUGUCUGUUUUGCAUAAUUGUCCUGCCAUUUAACGCGGCGCGCUUCAUCCAGGGCACUUGGAACCACGGCGAUACACUCUGCACGCUGAUAACGUUUAUACAAUACGGUAGCGUCGGUGUGUCGCUACUCUGCAUUACGAUGAUCAGCAUAAACCGCUACAUCAUGAUCGCACACUACAGCAUCUAUCCGAAGGUGUACAAAACGUCUUGGAUUAUGGUGAUGAUCAUUGCCUGCUGGUUGUUUUCGUACGGCUUCCAACUGCCAACGCUUUUCGGUGUUUGGGGUAAAUUCGGAUACAACCCACAGCUCGGUACCUGCUCCAUCCUGCCAGAUGACGAAGGACGUACCAGUAAAACGGCCAUGUUCAUCAUUGCCUUUAUCAUUCCGUGCAUUAUUAUCGUGAUAUGCUACAGUCGCAUCUUUUGCGUCGUUCACAAAUCGGACAAACGAAUGAAAAACCAUUCCAAAUCACAGUGCAACAUUCCAAACAAUCUGCGAUCGGCGGUUGAUCCGGCCUCACCACUCUCAGCCGGUAGCUCCAGAUCGGCAAACAAUAACUCCAUCAGCUACACGGCCAGUUCGUCUGCGGUGAAGGUAGCGGGCACACGAACUGCCGCCGACACCCGGGAUGCAAAGGCCAGACGUAACGAGUGGCGUAUCACCAAGAUGGUUCUGGCCAUUUUCCUCUCGUUCGUGUGUUGCUAUCUGCCGAUAACAAUUUCUAAAAUUGUGGACAAAAAUGUUGCGUACCCAGCGCUGCAUAUCAUUGGUUACAUCAUGCUGUACCUUUCUGCGUGCAUGAACCCCAUCAUCUACGUGAUCAUGAACAAGCAGUAUCGGCAAGCGUACAAAACCGUGAUCUUCUGCAAGCCCUCUCGAUUGCUCGGUUUCGGUGGUAGCAGCGUUGGAGAGAAAUGGAAAGACAUAGGGUACAGUUACAACCACAGUCGUACCAUGGUGUCCCAAGUUUCAAUAGCCGAACCAGAGUCGCCCCCAUCCAGCCGACUACGCCAAGAUUCGCCGCACCCACAACAUUUAGUCGCCAUUCAAGAUAGUUAGAAGAGAUAAGCAAACCCCGGCCGUACACUGAAGGGCAUUAUCUUUCUACGAAUAAUAGGUAGCAGUGCUUGAUGAAGCAACAAAACCACAACGGGACUUUCAUAAAAUACUGAUAAGCUAGUUGCCUUCAAACCAAAUGAAAGACGAUGUCGAUCAUGUCGCGGCGCAAUCGUCGCGUCUAGUAUCACAUCCUUUAUGACACCAAACGAUUACAAAACCCAUCGCACGACGAGUGGCAUUUGUUCGCUCUUAUACAUACAACGUGCACAUUUUGUAAAACCACAAGUCCUAAUAUUCACGAUGCCAAAUUAGGUUUAAAAAGUUUGCAUGCGUGGCGCACACACUAACGAAUUUCUAGGGCAAGUUCGAAUUUCGAAGACAAGCUUUGUUAGUAGUAUGUAAGGUAAGCAAAUAUACAAUAGUAGUUUAAUUUACUGUGUAGCUAUGGAAAGAUGCGAUAAGUAUCCGAUGUAAGCUCCAAAGAUAAGACGCCAGCAUGGAGAGUGACGGCAGGUGAAACACAAGGUUACAUUUCCGUAACCCGUUACAGAUACUUGUUAUUGGUUCGAAAUUAGUUAAUAAGUUUAAAUUAUUCAUCUAAAAGUUCGGAUGCUAUACUCUUCCAUACAGCGGACUACGCCCUACUUCGACUUUCUCUCUACUGUACAAAUGAAAACAAAGUGAAUAAAGACAGCUCAUAACAAACAAACAAA